GUGCAGGGGCCUCUCGAAUUGCUGAGAGCCAGGAGAGGAACUGAGGCUUGCAAGUACUGUGGCUUGUGUUUCCUGUUUCAGCAGGCUGCUGUGCGGCAGAACAUCAGUCAAGAGGACAAUGGCGAGGGGGCUCAGAGCCUCGGGCUGACAGCUUCCCCAGCCUUCUGAGACUGGAGAGACGGAGAAAGGCUGAAGGCCUCCUGAGACACUUGAGGCGGAACCCGGGACCUGAGAUCGGAGCAGCUGUUGAAGGAACUGGAAGCCAAGCACGACAGGUGCUCGGACGUCACCAUGAUCUGCUCGAACCCCAGGGCCUCGCCCGGCUUGGCCCGGUGGGCAGAGAGCUACGAGGCCAAGUGUGAGCGGAGGCAGGAGACCCGAGAAAGCCGCCGCCGCCGCCGCAAUGAGACCACUUGCCGCCAGGCAGGGAAGGCGCUGAGGACGCAACACAGAGAACAGCUCCAGAGAGCCCGGCAGCUACAGUUCCUCCGAAGGCGGAACCUGGAAGAGGAGAGGAAAGGCCAGGCCAGAGAGCCAGGACCCUGCAGCAAGACAGACGGAGGGGCAGGCCAGGCGGCUGCCCAAAAGGAGGCCUUGCCUGGUGCCAACGAGACCUCCUUCCUCGGACAGCAGGUAACAGGGACAAGCUGUGAGGUUUUCCCAACCCCACAUCACUCCUCCUCAAGCAUCCAAGGGCGUUUGGAUGACCACCGCUCCUCACACCGGAGAGCCUUUCCACCACAGGACUCUGCCACCAAGAAGCCACACACACAACACCAGGGUACCCAGACAAAGGCAGAAGAGGCACAGCCAACAAUGAAGAAUGAUGCCAGUCAGCAAACCAACUGUGGAGUUGCUGUCCUGGACAAGGACAUCAUUCAACUCUCUGAAUACCUCAAAGAAGCCCUCCGAAGGGAGCUGAUCCUAAAGCAGAAAAUGGUGAUUCUCCAGGACCUGCUGCCUGCCCUGAGCCGGGCUUCUGACAGCUCUUGGACGGGGCAACUUAAUGAAGACAAAUUGAAAGGCAAACUGAGGUCCCUGGAGAACCAGCUCUACACCUGCAUGCAGAAGUACUCCCCCUGGGGAAUGAAAAAGGUGCUGCUGGAGAUGGAAGAGCAGAGAAGCAGUUACGAGCAGAAGGCUAAGGAGUCACUGCAGAAAGUGUUGGAGGAGAAAAUGAGUGCAGAACGGCAGCUGCAGAGCAUGCAGCUGUCCCUGGCUCUGGCAGAGCAGAGGUGUGAAGAGUGGAAGACGCAGUAUGAGGCCCUUCAGGAGGACUGGAAAACCCUAGGGGACCAGCACAGGGAGCUGGAGAGCGAACUGCACGUGCUUCAGUGCAAGCUACAGGGAGCACAUAGCAGAGACUCACAGAUGAACCAAGCUCUGCAGCUUUUGAAAAAUGAGCAGCGGGAGCUGCAGGCCAAAAUCAAGCACCUGCAAGGAGACAGAGAGCAGCAGAGCUCUGCCACCCAGGGGCUGCAAGAUCAGCUGAGGAAGUCAGAGGAGGAGAAACAGGCCUUGCUGAGCAGAGUAGAGCAGCUGCAGGGUCUGCUUCAGAGUCAAUCCUUACAACUUCGAGAACAGGAGAAACUCUUAAGGAAAGAUCAGGCUUUACCUGUGUGGAAUCCAAAGGUCUCCCUUGAUGAAGCAAAGCCUGAGAAUGCAGGAAAGAAGGAUGGGGAACUCAGAGACCAGCUACAAAAGGAGACAUCUCAGCUCCAGGCCAAGGAAAAGAGGCAGAGUGGCCAGUGGCUCCCAGUGCUGCUGCUGCUGGUUGCUACAGCACUGGCAGUGUUCCUGGCAAACAAGGGCAGCCUGGUGAUCUGAACAA